AUGCAUUUCACGCGCGGCCUCAUCCUCCUCGCUCUUGCAGGCGCCUCUGGAGCCCUGCGCCCACGCGUCGACCUUGUCGAGGAGCCCAGCCCAGGCGGAAGCAAGACCUUCAUCGUCGAACUGAUCAAGGGCUGCAACGUCGAGGCCGCCCGCCAGGAACUCCAGCGUCAGGCCCCCAACAGCAGGGUGCGCAAGACGUUCGAGUCGGACAUCUUCACGGGCCUCAGCGUCGAGACCUCCGACAACAAUGUCGAGUCCAUCGUCCGCGACCUCGGCGACGCAGUCCGCGCCUGGCCCAUGCGCAUGGUCCCGAACCCGGCCCCGAUUCUUGGCAGGUCUUUUACCGCCGACGAGGGCCCCGCCGCGGCGUCCAACUAUUCGCUGCACAAGUACACGGGAGUCGAGCAUUUGCACCGGGUUGGUUUGUCGGGCAAGGGUGUCACUGUCGCCAUCGUGGACACGGGAAUUGACUACUCGCACCCAGCCCUUGGUGGGUGCUUCGGCCAGGGCUGCAAGGUAUCGGGUGGAUACGACCUGGCCGGCGACGGAAAUUAUCCAGUCGGGCCUCGGGAGCCGGAUGAAGACCCACGCGACCACGAUGGCCAUGGCACCCACGUCGCUGGUAUCUUGGCUGGAAAGACUGAUAGCUUCGUCGGUGUCGCCCCCGAUGCAACCCUACUUGCAUACAAGGUUUUUGGCAGCGGUGAUGGUGCUUAUGAAGACAUCUUGAUCGACGCGUUCCUCAUGGCUGAAAGAAACCGCGGGCUCGUGGGCUGUUGGCCCACGGGCUUUUCAAAUAAGGUUUCGGGCCCCCAUGGGCGGGUUUUGGAAUGCCUUAACAAGGACGGGGCUGAUGUCAUCACAUCCAGCAUUGGUGGCGUCGGCGGAUGGCCCGAUAACGUUUGGGCCGAAGUUGCGUCGCGUUUGGUGGAAGCGGGUGUCGUGGUUACUAUUUCGGCUUCCAACUAUGGCCAGGCAGGACCUUUCUUUGCAUCCACGGGAGCUGCUGGCAAAAACGUCAUCUCCGUCGCCUCCGCCGAGGGCGGUGAGCUGGCUGCGGAUCCCUUCGUCGUCACCAUUGGCGGCAAGAAUCAGUCUACAUUCGGCUACAUCCCCAGCGACGCACCGUGGAACAUGACGGUCAUGCCCGUCGUGCCAACCUCGCUCAACACAUCGGUGACUGACGACGCAUGCUCGCCGCUGCCCGCCGACUUCCCCUCCCUCAACGGCUCUGUGGCCCUGAUCCGUCGCGGCGGCUGCGAUUUUGCUGUCAAGCAACGCAACGCCGAGGCGGCCGGCGCCAGCUACGUCCUGGUCUACAACACCCCGACCUCCCAAUGGCACGCCCCAUUCUCAUCCAAUACCAACUCCAGUCUCGCCCUAGUGGACGUAACCGGCGGCGAAGCAAUGGUGCGCGCAUUUGCUGCCAACAAAAUUGUGACCGUGGACUUUUCUCGCAACCUCUCGCACAAAGUCGGCGUGUUCAACGCGGCAGGCGGUCUGCCCAACUACUUUACCUCGUGGGGCCCGCUCUUCGACAUGCAGCCCAAGCCCGACGUCGCCGCCCCCGGCGGGAACAUCUUCAGCACUUCCCUCAACGGCGGUUGGGAGGUACUGAGCGGCACUUCCAUGGCGACGCCGUACGUGGCUGGUAUCGCAGCGCUGUAUAUCGAACGCCACGGAGGCCGGGCUUCCCAUGGCACCUCUCUGGGCCGCGCCAUUCACCGCCGCAUCGUGUCGAGCGGUGCAGCCUUGCCCUGGUCCACCACCAACCCGGGGCAGACGGGCGUGCCGAACGAAGACUUUGGGUUCUUUGCACCCCCGGCUCAGGUGGGUAGCGGUAUGGUAAACGCCACCAAGGUGGUUGAGUACGGGACCACGAUCGACUUCGAGCCGUUUGCGUUCAACGACACGGCGAACUUCCAGGGUAGACACGAGAUUUCCAUCACCAACGGGGGCGACGCGGCAAUCACGUACCACUUCUCGCUGCAGCCGGCGGGCGCCGUGGAGAUGCUACAGCCGCUCAACGAGUUUGGAUUCCGGUCGCGUCAGAUUAAGGACUUGGCGAGCAUCAUGAAGCCUGUCGACAUUGUGCCCGAGGUGGCCAUGCCAGGCCCCGUCCUUGUCGCGCCGGGAGAGACCAAGAGGGUCGUUUUCGAAUUCUCGCAGCCCAAGAUGGGAGUGAACGAGACUGCAAUGCCUCUAUACGGCGGCAAGGUGCUGGUGACGGGUGACAACGUCGAAUCUCUGUCGGUGCCUUAUUUGGGUGUGGCGUUCAGCUUGGCCGAGCAGAUCAACCCCACAUGGAAAAGUAUUGAGUUUGGAAUAUGGGGCACGCCACCAACAAGGAAUUGGACAUUUGACCUCAACACCACUGUCCGGGGUUACCCUGUAAUGUUCGCCUCCUUCGAGUACGGCAUCUCAGAGCUGCGAUGGGACAUAUUCGAGGCCAACUGGACCGAAGACCGGUGGAGCUAUCCGCCAAUCGAGGGCAAAGACGGCUUCAUUGGAUCAGCAACAUCCUAUUCUCAACCGGGGAGGAUCAGUCCUUUUAUCUACUUCGACUCGGCCACAAUGCAGGCCAACGAUACCUUUGCUUUCCCACUCGUGGAUCUAGUGCGCUCAUACCCCUUAGUUACGGACUCUUACCAGUUCUGGUGGUUGGGUGGUAUGGCAGACGGCUCACAGAUCAAGUCGGGACGGUAUACGAUGCGCUUCGCGGCUUUGCGUCCUUUAAUGGACCCGGCCCAAUCGGAAAGCUGGGCAGUGUGGCCAGUCCCUGAAAUUUCAGUAAUCAGAGAACCAAGCAAGGAUUUGGCGCAAGCCCCAGCUGGAAAUCACACGGGAAUUUGACACGAGAACAAACAUAGAGGGGUCAAGGCGAAUGGAACACGUGGUUGUAAUGCGUACCUGGAUUACGUGGAAUUGCCUAAACAAAUGGCCAUAUUAAGUUGCUCGUGAAAUACAAUGUAGCUCACUAUUUAUAUUAAUGAUGUAACACUAGUUCUA